AUGAUCGGCAAGUGUAUUAUGACGUCUCGGAGUGGCCCCGGUGGCUGUCCCGGUUGUGAUGAUGGUGCGAAUGUUUCACACAACAGCAACCACAUUCCGAAGGAUGCGGUUCCGGUGGAUGCUGGCAGGACUAGUGCCGUCCCGGUGACAGGGAACGGGUGUGUGGUUGGAUCGUCGGUGGAUCGGGUUGCUGUUCGAAGCCCGUUUCCACGCCGAAAUGAAACGAUCGCAACGGAUCGUGUGUCGUCCCAAGGGACCACCGUUUCUGGCCAGGUGGAAAGCGGAACCGGAAUGAUGGAUGAGUCCUUGCAGCCUUCGACGAUGGGAGGCGAUGAUUGUACCGGUGUUGAUACAACAGAUGCUGCCAGCGGAACCACGGUCAAGUCCGGAUCGUCUCAAACUGCGGGCGGGAUCUUGAUCGAAAAGGAUGAAGAUCCCUACGCCGAGCUGGAAAGGAUCCUGGAAAGAGCGCAGGCGGAGAUAUCGGAAAUGUUUGAGCAAACCCUGCUGGAGGAAAAUUUGGCCGCCGUAGCAGCCCCAGCCGGAAGCGACAAAAAGCGGAAAAACGACCUAAAGGCACAUCAUGACGAGGAGCAAACGAACGACAACCGUGGUCCACCCAGGAACGGUUCACAUCCGCAGCAACAUCAUCACCAUGAUCAUCGUCAGCAGCAACACGCUAGUCAUCACGUGAAGUAUGCAACCAUACCGCACGCACAUGUUACCCAUCAAAGCAAAGCGGCCAUCGGUGGAGCACAUUCGGCUACGAUCGAGCGGAAUCACUGGCCACCGGUAGCCGCCGAUGGAGGUUCCAAGCGAACCCGCAAUUCGUACGAUCCACGGUACAGAUCGCACGAUCGGAUGGAGCUGGUUAGUUCGACCACUUCCGGUAUGACGCCCGGUUCGUUGCCGAAGGUGAUGGCGGUUUAUAAAACUGGCACUCGUUCCCAAUCGGCUGGAGAAGCGAUGUACUCGAGCGGGUAUAGCAGUUACGGACGGUACACGGAGCGAUCGGAUAGUUUGUCGGAUGAUAUGAGCCUGCUGGAUGUGAGAGCUGCCUGUUGUGGUGAUGAUAGUCAGGAAGGUGCUGGAGAUGAUACGACGUCCGAUGAACGUGACACGAUCGUGACUGGUGGUGUCAGGAGGCGGCAUCAACCCAAAGGUCCUUCGGCUUUGGUGACUUCCGGUGGGACAGUCAGAACCGGCAAGACCACUUCCAGCAGUAAUAGUGAUCGGAGCAUGAAAACGAGCACGAAUAGCCUCCCAUCGGAGGCCGUUGGUCACCGGAAUCUGGCAUUACAUCUGAAAUUUAAAUCACACCAGAGUGCGAUCGAUGCAAAACGGAAACAGUUCUUCCUUACGCUCGAUCAGGAACCAUUUCAACCGUUGAAAUCGAACAUGGCCGAUCUGCCGUCCCCGAGCAGCACGUCGCUGCACAGUGGCCACAAUCAUCUCAUCGCGGAGGAGCUUGGUUCUAAGUCGAGUUCGGCACCGGUGCUGCUAAAGGACGAGGAGAACAUCCUUACGGUGCCAAGGGCGAAUCUGCGCUACUCGCGAUCACAGAGCGAUCGACAUCUGGCGGAAAUCGAAGCUAUCGAAGCGUGUCGAUGGUUACGUGCCGCCGGAUUCCCACAGUACGCCCAGAUGUACGAGGAUCACCAGUUUCCCAUCGUCGUGGAGGACGUCGCGAAGGAUCAUCCAUUCCUGGAGAAUGACCCGCUACAAUCGCUGUUCCGCCGACUACACACGCUCAAUCGGUGCGCUAAUAUGCACCUUGACGCGCACCAACACACGCCAAAACCUUCGCAACGUGACGACUCGGACGAUGAUAGUUGUGCGCUCAGCGAAGCCUGGACAUUCCAACACAAUAGCCGGCGCUGGUCGCGGGUUGACGACGCGAUCGGGCUGGUCAGUGUGAUAAACAAUAAGCAGCAGCAACAACAGAGGUCCUCCACGCGAGAUGGCAAAGGACCCGGUGGGGGUGAUUCUUCGACCGCAAAUGGUGGCUCUCAAACACGCCGGCACAACAACAAUAACACGCUGCUACGUGCGGAGGAUCACGAAAAGCUGUGGCUCGAGUCGGGUGGGAAGAUCACGAUCGGUGUCCCAUCCGACACGGACUCGCAGGACGAUUGUGGCGGUACCGUGCACUUACGACGCACCGGAAGCGAACGGUUGAAGGAUGGCGCUAAGGCGAUCCUGCGGCGUGUGGAGUCGAUCAAAUCGAGACGCCGGAAAAAGCAGAACCGUGACGGUUUGAUCAUCCUGGCACCACCUCCGGCACACUCGAGUGCGCAUCUAUCGCCUCACCACGGUGCAUCGUCGUACGACGUGAUGUCAUACUCUAACCCUACUUCACCGCGACCAUCAUCCGAGAUGCUCGCGUUUGGGGACGCACUUGAUGCGGCUGGUAACCGCAGGAACCCAUUCGGGAACGAGCAGUUGGGCUUGAGACGGAACCAUCACCAUCUGAUGCUGUCACCGAAUUCGAGUGCGCCUUCGAACGCAUGGUCACCUUUGCACGGAUCAGCCGGCGGAACACUUCCGUUCCGGCAGCAGGUUCAGUUACAGCAAGAGGGCCGAUCCGGUGAUGACUCAUCGUCGAUUUGCAGCGAAGAUAGCGGUGGCGGUGGUGGAACCGGGUUCGAAUUUAGCUCAACUAACGCCGGAACCGGGCGCUCAGAAAAAUCGGCCAGUACGCGGAAGUACACGCGAGCGAAGAAAGCCCUACGGAGCAAGGUCAUCACCAGUACGGUGUCGGAUGAUGUGUCCGGUGGAGGCGCCCUGUCCGAUUCCGAGUGUCACGCGAAACAGCGCCGAUCGAAGAUCAAGAUCGAGCUCGUAGGUGAUCUGCAAGGUCGGAACGAUGACGGUGUAUCGACGACGACUACUACGACUGGUAUGGAUGCGAAGGGUGCCACACUGGCCGCUCCAGAUGCGUCACCAUCGAAACUGCACCGUGGCGGUUCACUGAAUCUCGGCAAAGCAUCUCGCCGGUACCGGGACGCAUUUAGCAAUCGCUCUGUGCGCCACAGCUCGAAACAAGCGGACGACGGAAGUGAACGUCCUUCCGGCAAACGCCCAACCGUAGCUCGGUGGCACAGUUUUCAGCAGCCGAAGGUGUCCCCGAUUGACCUUAAACAGGCGGAUCAGCUAGCGGCCGGUUCGAAGGACGAUCGGAAAUCUACACCGCAACGUACCGGUUCCGCAAUCAGUCAACUAGUCAGCAGUACCAGCUCACCCGGGGGAAACGCGGUGAUCACGGGUAAACCCCACAAACCGGUGGUCACUUCCGGAACCACCAUCGAGAGCGGCCAGUUGCAGCAACGGACGGCUGACGGUGGUGCAGAUCCAGGCGGUGGUGGUGGUGCCGGACUACGGAUGUCCGAGAUGUCCUGCGGACAGCUGCUGGUCGUGCGCAAACUCGGUCUGGCCAACUUGACCGGGUACAUGGAGCGGUACUGUCCAACACACCGGUCCGGUUGGAACUGGGACCUGCCGAAGUUCAUCAAGCGCAUCAAAACGCCCGAUUACAAGGACCGCCGAGUUUUCGGACUUCCGUUGGUGAUGAACCUGCAGAAGUACGGUGGUACGGUGCCGCACACGAUUCGUCUCGCGUUCGGAUGGCUCGAACGGAACGCACUCGACCAGGUCGGUCUGUUCCGGAAGCCGGGUGUGAAGUCACGCAUCGCAAAACUCCGGUCCGUCAUCGAGGCAAGCAAUGAUGUCGGUUGGCGGAGUGACAUGUUCGAUGAGUACCAUGCGUAUGACGUUGCGGACCUGCUAAAGCAGUACUUCCGUGAGCUGCCCGAUCCACUACUCACGGGGAAGUUGUCGGAGACAUUCAUUGCGAUAUUCCAAUAUCUACCGGAAGAGGUUCGUGCGGAAGCGGUCCAAUCGGCCAUUUUGCUGUUACCGGAUGAACACCGUGAGGUGUUGCAUCUGCUGCUGACAUUCCUUGAGCGGGUGGUGCGUAACUCAAGCCUCAACCAAAUGACGGCCAACAACCUGGCCGUUUGUUUCGCACCGUCGCUGUUUUAUCUGCUCUCUGGAAAUAGGUACACGGCGGCAUCUCCGAGGAGAAAGAAAACGGGUCCCGGAUCGGGCGCACCGGACGAAAAGGAACUGUCGGAGGCGAAGGCCUCACACGAGUGUCUGGCGUACAUGAUCGAUCGCUUCCAGAGCCUCUGGACGAUCACCAGCGAACAGAUGCGCCGGUGCAACUUCAACUACAUGGACGAAUCGAAACCGGUGCCGCUUGCAUCGCUCGGUAUGGAGAUGCACGUGCAAAACUGGCGCGGAUAUCUGUCCGAAUCGAUCAACGAGUGUCUCCGGGAGGGUCGUGAACGCCCGCGCGGUUGGGUUUCACUCAGCUCGACGGACCCGUCGGUGGCCACGUUCUUCAAGAAGGUUGGCGAUGGCCAUCCACUGCGGCUGUGGAAGUGCGUCACCGAGGUGGAAGCUCCACCAAUGGAGGUGAUCGAGCACAUCGUUAAGGAACGGCAGCUCUGGGAUGCGUAUCUGAUGAAGUGGCGUACGGUUGAGCAGCUGGAUCAUGACACCGAUGUGUUUCAGUAUGCUUGCGGGCAGCCCAUCACGGAGUACUGCGUUGUGAGGCAAUGGAAAAACGAUCUGCCCCGUGGUGCUUGCGUGAUAGUGGAGGUUUCCAUUUCCCAUGAAAAUGCCACCUGCUUGCUCGGUGGCGUAAAUGGCGUCGUGCUGGCUUCACGCUACCUUAUCGAGCCCUGCGGAAGUGGAAAGUGCAAGUUGAUGCACCUGUCGCGCGUCGAUAUGAAGGGUCGCACGCCUGACUGGUACAACAAAAACUACGGGCACAUAUGUCAGCAAUAUCUGUCGAAGAUUAAAAAAUUCUUCGAACACUACACCGAGGGACCUGAAACUAAAGUAUAAAUCCAUUGCGCACCCAGCAAGGACCCUCCCCAUUGCGGCCGGUCCAACCCUGCGAGGUGUCGCGGUUGGUUUAUUCACAAAAACCUUCACCAAAAAUCGUCCCAUCGGGCGACGAACAGUGGAGAAGCAAUCUCACCCGAGCGAGAAUCGUUAUCGUUGUUCGAGGUUUCCGUUUUGGUGUUUUGCGUUGUUGUUAAGGAAUGCGGUUGCACGGAAAACGGCAAUCCCCGGAACCGAAUACCUUUAUAUAUAUACACACACACACUCACACUCAACCUAUCGGUUGAUCGCUCACUGAUCGCGGAAAAACGCGAUAGAGUGCAGUGAACUUUGAGGAACCAGUUAUUGUCCUGAAACAUUCCAGAAUUUCAUUACCAAGUGCCUAUGAUAAAACAAAGCAUACACACAAAACACACACUAAAGGAGUUCAAUCAAUGUUGUUUACAGAGCUAAGAAGGAUUCAGGGAUCGCGUAGGAAAGCGCCUGUUAGGCAUGGUUUUGAGCCAACAGAGCAAGAAGCGAGAAACAAACAGACAGAGGAAUAAAAUAAAAACAUGUUUAAGGAUAUCGAAUUGUUAUGGAUAUGGCCCACCGCUAGGGUGGGCUGUAACACGCAGCUGGAGUGAACGCCAACAGCCUUCACCUGAUCACCCCGCGACGUCCUGCCGAUCGCAAAUACCGAGAACCAACUACUGCAACCUUCGCUGCAUGUAGCAACAGUUAUACCCGAACAGGGAAAGGAAGAGCAUACGGAUGAUACGUAGUAAUUGGAACGUAUCGUAUCGUAUCGCGAAACAGCCACAACAACUAAAACUAGUCCAAACACACAAAACUAAACCAUUAUGUAGUGAAACCUGUUUUUGUUUUUUUUUUAACGAGUACGAUUAAUUGGUAGCCUGUCACUGUGUACAUUGCUACCCCCUGAUGCAGCAGCAUUUAAUACGCAUUAUCCUUUAAGAUUGCCUUCUAUUUCUUCUUUAAAUACCAUUAUUACUAAUUUGUAGAUAGUUUUUUUAUAUAGGUUGAUAAGAUGUUUUUCUUUUUGUUUUGGUACUGUACGAUGCAACAAUGUAAAACUUGAAACAAAAAUGCGCAAACAAAUUACGCGCGUAUUAAGUGUGCGCGAGUUGCGGUAGAAUUAGGCGAGUUAAAACCAAGACCAUUAGGAAAAAGACAAAAAGAAAACAGGGCCAGAUAAUACUACACCAACCAUCACAACCGCCCCUUAUCCGCCGGGACCAACGCUGGGCCUUUAGUGUCCGGGCAGCAGGGAAUUGUACCAGUCUCCAAUAGACGCACAUUCGAAGGCUGCCCUUUUCCUCUCUGUGUGUAAGCGCGGAAAAGCGUGAAGAUACAUGUUGUGUAACUGUGUGUCCAACCUCCAUAAAAAGGAGCUUUUGAGAAGCAAGCCGAUAUAUAGAGACUGUGAAUUCUCAAAUCCGCCACCAUCCCGCGGGAAGCGGAACAUUCUUAUAUUAUGGUGCAUUGCGGAGCGACCAGCUCGCGAGCGAUCGUUGUGACUAUUAAGCAAAUAAAAAAAACCAGUAAAAAAAAUCCCAUAC